AUGGCGAUCGCCGAGAACACGAUUUUGCGCGUGGGAAUCGUAGGGUGCGGUGAAAUCACCCAGGUGGCUCAUAUCCCGACUCUGGGAUUCCUGUCGCAUCGGUUCCAAAUCACCUAUCUCUGCGACGUCUCCCAGGACGCCCUCAACCACUGCCAGACCAAAGUCAUCGGCCCUACGCCCAAGACGACUCGCAAUGCCGAAGAACUGUGCGCCUCGACGGAUGUCGACGUUGUGAUGAUCGCCAACACCGAUGCCUUCCAUGUGCCGCAUGCACUUCUCGGCCUGAAAUAUAACAAAUUUGUCUUCAUCGAGAAGCCCAUGGCUUUAACUCUGAAGGACGCGGAUCUUGUCAUUGAGGCUGAGAAACAGUCCAAAGGAAAAGUCAUGGUGGGGUAUAUGAGGCGCUAUGCCUCGGCGUUUCUGGAUGCCAUCCAGGAGAUUGGAAGCCUCAGACAGAUCAAUUACGCCCGGGUCCGAGACAUCGUUGGUCCAAACUCUGCCUUUGUGGGCCAGUCGGGCACGUAUCCGAGGACUUUCCAGGACUACGACCAGAAGGAUACCACCGCCCUGGCCAAGAUGAACGGCGAGCUGAUCCAACAAGCUCUUGCGGAAGAACUGAAGGUUCCAGCGACUGCCGACCUGGCCCUUAUGUGGAGGCACCUGGGGAGUUUGGGCUCGCAUGACCUGAGCGCCAUGCGCGAGGCUCUUGGAAUGCCGACGAAAGUGCUGGGGGCCUCUCUCUGCAAACCGACAGGCGCACCCUUCUGGAGUGCACUGUUCCAGUAUCCAUCAUUCAGUGUCGCUUAUGAAUCGGGCAUUGACGGUGUACCUCGAUUCGACGCCUCUAUCGAAGUUUUUGGAGACACGAAAACCGUUUUAGUCCGCUAUGACACCCCCUACGUUAAGGGCCUACCGGUCACGAUGGAAAUCAAAGAGCAGAUGCCGGAUGGAUCAUACCGCGAGUCGACUGUGCGAAAGACGUACGAGGAUCCCUACACUCUGGAAAUGAACGAGCUCUAUGCAUGCUGUGUAGAGGGCAAGCCGAUCAAGACAACGGCGGCAGAUGCCCGGCGGGAUAUUGAGAUUUUUGGCAUGGUUCUACAGGCUGGCGCUCCGAACAAGUCCAGUGGAGCUCAGUAG